AAUGCAUCUACCUUUUAGUCAAUGCAUUGUGUUUCACUUUCACGAUACUAUAGUUUCAGAAUGAGUUGGAUGAUAAAACCAUCUAUGAUAUGCUUCUAUCUGUUUAUCUAUGAUGUCCAACAAACUUAACCUUUUUUGGAAUUUUUCAACAUAUGAUGUUGAAGUUGAAGCUCAGGAGGAGUUGGGAGUGUAGAUGCAUUUGAAUCUUUUAGUUGAAUGCAUCUACCUUUUAGUCAAUGCAUUGUGUUUCAUUUUCACGAUACUAUAGUUUCAGAAUGAGUUGGAUGAUAAAACGAUCUAUGAUAUGCUUCUAUCUGUUUAUAUAUGAUGUCCAACAAACUUAACCAUUUUUGGAAUUUUUCAACGUACGUUGUUGAAGUUGAAGCUUGGAGGAGUUGCGAGUGUAGACGCAUUUGAAUCUUGCUAGAGACUUUGUAGGAGGUCUUAUUGAAAUAUCAUAUCUUUGGGCAAGUAACAUCCUGGGAUAUGUGUAUGUUGAAAAACAAUGUAAGAUGCAGGUUAAAUUUCAAAAUAGCUAACGGUAGAAAGCAACAUAGAUAAAAAGGAACAAAGAAAAGUUCUCUUGUAUUUCUAUCCGAAACUCUACCAGUCCUUAAAAGUUGCAGGUGGCUUCACAUCAUCAAUUUGGGAUGGCAAUAUGCUUUAUCUCAGUUAGGGGUGGAUUCUAUUUGAGUUGAUGCAUUUAGUAAUGUGGUCUUUAUAACAAAUAAAUUCCAUAUCGCGAUGACAUGUGGAAUAAGAAAGAAGAGUUUAUAAGUGUAAUGUUAUUCAAAAUUUACUUAUUUUUUAUGAAAUGCAUUAUUUAUAAAAGUUUGAUGAUAACGGUACAUGUAUUAGAGACUAGGUAAACUCUUAUUACUCUUUCAAAUAGGAUCUUCUUUGCUUAUACAAAGGCUAUUCAACAGCAACACAUAGUUUCAGAUUUUAUUGUUAUAAUAUUUUUUAUAUAUAGGAUUCAUCAUUUUGUUCGUUUGUCAUUAUUUCAUUCUUUGAGGAAAAGAAAAAAAGAGAGACAAGAUGGCUUCCCAAGCUCCAUUGAUAGUAUCAUUCGGUGAGAUGCUUAUUGAUUUUGUUCCUGAUGUUGCUGGUGUCUCCCUAGCUGAAUCUAAUGGCUUCAUCAAAGCCCCCGGUGGUGCUCCGGCUAAUGUGGCCUGUGCCAUUGCCAAGAUUGGGGGUAACGCAGCAUUCAUUGGCAAGGUUGGUGAAGAUGAGUUUGGAUACAUGCUAAGAGACAUCCUGAAUAAGAAUGGAGUGAAAACAGAAGGAGUGUGUUUUGAUAAGAACGCAAGAACAGCAUUGGCUUUUGUGACAUUGAGAAAUGAUGGAGAGAGGGAGUUCAUGUUUUACAGAAACCCAAGUGCAGAUAUGUUGUUGAAGGAGUCAGAAUUAAACAUGAAAAUGAUCAAAGAGGCCAAAAUAUUUCAUUAUGGAUCAAUAAGCUUGAUAUCCGAGCCAUGCAGAUCAGCUCAUAUGGCAGCCAUGAAAGCUGCUAAAGAAGCUGGGUGUUUGCUGUCUUAUGAUCCCAAUGUUCGGUUGCCUCUUUGGCCAUCAGAGGAUGCUGCUAGAGAUGGGAUCAAAAGCAUAUGGAAUUAUGCUGAUUUUAUUAAGGUCAGUGAUGAUGAAGUGGGGUUUUUGACAAAAGGAGGAGAUCCAAAUAAGGAUGAUGUGGUGAUGACAUUGUGGCAUGAUAAGCUCAAGUUGCUAGUUGUGACAUAUGGAGACAAGGGUUCUGGGUAUUUCUCCAGCAAAUUCAAAGGAAGGGUCCCUGGAUUUGCAGUCAAAACUGUUGACACAACUGGUGCUGGUGAUUCUUUUGUUGGAUCUUUUCUUGCUAAUCUCGCCAAAGAUCCAAAUAUUUUGGCAGAUGAAGCCAAACUCAAGGAGGCUCUUAUAUUUUCAAAUGCUUGUGGAGCACUUUGCACUACUCAGAAAGGGGCCAUUCCAGCUCUCCCAACUCCUGCUGCUGCCCAACAACUCAUCAAGUCAAGCAAAAAAUAGAUCAUGCUUUUUACUGAACUCUUUAAUAAUAAUUAGUUUUCAUCAAGUGACUUGACUCUCAAUUUUUGAGAAAUUUGGUGUCACAUUUUUCAUUAUUAUUGGUGUAAUGAAUAUUUUAACUCCACUAAUCACACCA